AUGUCGGACAAUUGUGUUGUUAUUGAACCUUCAGCUUUAUCGUUUCGUUCAAAACGUGCCCGUCAUGAUAGUUAUCAACGAAUUAAUUCUGAUGAAGUUUAUCAAUCAUUUUUUAUAACACAUUCAUGUUAUGAUUGCAUGCCAAAAAGUGGAAAAGUUCUUUUACUUGAUGCACGUUUAUCAAUACGUAAAGCUUUUUUUGCGCUUGUUUAUAAUAGUGUUCGAGCCGCACUCGUUUGGCAUGCAGCAACAUCAUCAAAUAUUGGUUUAAUUACCAUAAGUGAUUUUAUUAAUAUGCUUAUCGCUGCUUACGAUUCAAAAUGGAUUGAACUAAAAACAAAAUUAAUUGAAGUUCUUCGUAUAUUUCAAACAAUACGUAUAUCAGCAUUACCAGUUGUUGAUAGUGAAAAACGUUUACGUGAUAUUUAUUCUAAAUUUGAUAUUAUGCAUUUAGCGGCAACACGUACCUACGCAAAUCUUGAUGUUCCAUUAUGUGAUAUACUUGAUUCAAUUCAUGAUCAUAAUACACAUCAAUUAGCUACUUGUAAAAUGACCGAUCAAUUAUUUGAACUUAUGGAUAAAUUUGUCUCUCGAGAGGUACAUCGUCUGAUUAUAGUAGACGAUAGUCAACAUAUUAUCGGCAUUCUUUCUAUGUCUGAUUUGAUGAAAUUUUUUGUAUCAACAUUUGAAAAAUUGAGUCGUAUGAAUUCAAAUGCAUCAAAUGGUAAUCCUAAUGGAACUCUCUUCGAAAGUCUACCAAUGGAUACUUAA